UUUGACUGAUUCUACACGCAAUACUUAGCCAUUUGGCGUGACUAUCUUCAUAAUUCACCUCAUUACAUAUAGUAACGUUAUCGGUUUGGCUCAUACUCCUCCUACACCUCAUAUUUUACCGUCAAAAAUAACACCACUUUGAUUCGUGCCAAUGUCGAAUAACAUAUAUUCUGCCGUCUACUCAGGCGUUCCAGUAUACGAAAUGAUGUGCCGAGGAAUUGCAGUUAUGCGUCGAAGAGCCGAUUCAUAUAUGAAUGCAACUCAAAUUCUCAAAGUGGCUGGAAUUGACAAAGGCAAACGUACCAAAAUCUUGGAGCGAGAAGUACUCAUUGGCGAGCAUGAAAAAGUCCAAGGUGGCUACGGAAAAUAUCAGGGUACAUGGAUACCGUUCGAUAAAAGCAGAGAGCUAGCAGAACGAUACUCCGUCGCGGGAUUCUUGGCUCCCAUGUUUGAUUUUGAUGGUCAACAGAACGGUGAGGGAAGCAGUGAAGUUGUCCUUACAAAGGAACAGCAUGCAGCUGUAGAGCGAAAGAAAGUAUUGCAAUCUUCACCUCUUGCGUCAACCUCCGCGGAUGCUCCGGCACGAUCGCCAUCAGCAAGGUUACAGUCAAAGGAAACCCCUUCUGCAACGACGAAAUCGCCUUUGGAGCCAAAAAAGACAAAAAGAACUGCUCCAGCAAUCACGCAAGUGACCAUUCAAAGAGGACAGGCUGCCGAUCCGCAAGACACAUCUGGAGAGAGACACAGAAGUGCUUUGAUGGCAAUAUUUUUGAAUGACGAUCCAAAUCACAUCCCAGAACUAUUGAAAUCACAAGAAAUACCCCAAGAUUUCAAUACUGAGCUAGUCAUAGAUGACCAAGGUCAUACCGCUUUGCAUUGGGCUGCAGCAUUGGCUCGGGAACAAGUUGUAGAGCUACUACUGAAGCGUGGCGCCCAUGUUUUACGUACGAAUUAUGCUGGAGAGACCGCCUUGAUGCGAGCUUGCAUGGUGGUCAAUAAUUAUGAACAAAAAACAUUCCAACACUUGUUGAGCUCACUAGAGAGAUCCCUUCUGGUUGCUGAUAAUAACGAUAGGACAUUUCUACACCAUAUUGCCUUAACAAGUGCCAUCGAAGGGCGAGAGGAGGCGGCUUCGUACUACUUACACUGCACUGUCAAGUUGCUUAGUGAGCGUAAAAACAUGCAAGGCUUGUUAGACUUACAAGACAUCAACGGUAACACAGCACUUAACAUUGCCGCAAGAGGUGGUAGCCAAAGAUUGGUCGAACAAUUAAUGGAAGCAGGAGCGAGUACUCAACUGACAAAUCAUCUUGGUAUCAAGCCUGAGGACUAUGAUGAAGAAGAUAUAGAAUCUGAGAGAGAAGCCGAACUGCAUAAUUUCAAUAGACCCUCUUAUGAUUCAGGACCACACACGCCAACAAGAGUGUCUUCACCAUAUAAUCUUAACUCCGUAGGACGUCUAAAGACGCCGGACAUCAUGCGUGAACCUUCGUUAGAGAACUUGCGUUCGCCACUUGUACCAAGUAAGCGCGGAAGAGAAAUUGUCUCUGCUGUUCAAAAAAUUGUCGAUGAACUGGAUUCGGAAUUUUCUGAAGAAUUGGAGGCAAAGCAGCACGAAAUUAACCAAAUUCAGCAGUCGCUGGAGAGCACAGCAACGGAGCUGAAAGAAAGUCGGGCUCGGUUGCAGCAAUACAAACUGGAGAGACAAAGGUUAGCGGAAGCUCAAAGAGCCCUGACCAAUCUGACAGAGGCCGUGGAUGCUGAGAAAGAAAGCACGGGCCUGCAGAAUAUAUCAGAGUUGAAGGAUGAGGACAUCGACCAAGAACUUGAUGUCAUAGCGCAUACACCAUCCUUUGAUCCAAGUAAACCAGAGAGCGCAGAAGCAAUGAAUGGCAAAGCCGACAGCAAAGAUUUGGAGCUUUCGAUCCGAAAACUACGUGCAAGAAUCACUAUAUAUCAAAAGAAUGAGAACGACCUUGUCGCUGAAUUGGAAGAGCUACAAAAGCAGAGUGGAGACAAGGAGAGCCAAUGUAAAAAACUGAUAGCCGCCUGUUGUGGAGUGCCUAUCGAGAAGGUGGAUAGUCUACUCCAUCCUUUAAUCCAGGCUAUUGAAAGUGAUCCUCCGGACCUUGAUCUUUCUCGCGUCGCUGGCUUUAUGGCAAAAAUUCAAAACCAUGAUGACAAAGGUGAUCUUGUGCUCAAAGGCUCUCAAAGUGCUGAUAAUAUGAACGAAGAUAGCGACUGAUGGUUCAUAUGUGAGAAUACAGCACCUGUAUUUCAUCGAUGUAUAUAAUAUUUUACCGGAAUAAAUGCUUGAACCCCUUUGCUGCUGAACGGCAGUUGAUUUUUUCAAAUUCA